AGGUAGCUCUAACUUGGAGAGGUCCGAAUCAUCAGACCGGAUUUACUACCUACAACUACCUACGUAACAUACUAGCCACAUGAAUAAACAUCAAUUGAUGUAGCCUCUAUCGUCAUAUCUUCAUAUCGGCAUCUUGUAUGAAUUGCCGUGCUCUAUAUUAAUCGUGUCACGGUCCCACCCUUCAAUUGAUUAAUGUAUGUCAAUUGACACUGCCGAAGCCAAUCUGGUGACACUAUAAACUGUCCGACAACCUCACGCUCGUUCUCCAAGAACAAGGCCAAGUUGAUUCUGCUAUUGCGGCCUAACGCAUACCACACAUAUUCAAAAACAACAUAGUAGCAGGACUACGCCAAUUCGAUCCAGCAAUUGCCAUGGGCGGCGAAACUACGAAGCCCAAGGUCGCUUCGACCGAAUACCCCGUCCGGGCCCGCGCUCCGGUCGGUAAACGGAUCACUCACAUCUACAAGGAACGCAUCACCCAAUUCUAUUCUAAGGGACAAUGGGAGAACCAGAACCUGCUUGCUAUGAUGUAUGAGGGUGUUGCCUCCGGGCCACCCUACGUUCAGCUCUGGACCUGGCCGGCUCCGGGUCUCGAGAGGCCAACUUUUAAAGAGGCCAUGGCUGGGAAAUAUGAACCGGCCGCUGUUGGUCAAGCCUUCGGCCCUUCAUGGUCUACCCACUGGUUCAAAGUUGUGCUUCGAGUCCCCGAAGACCUUCGGAAAAAAGAACAUCUAGAGUUUCAAUGGGACGCCAACAGUGAAGGCAUGGUUUGGACCGAAGACGGGAAGCCCCUGCAGGGUCUAACCGGCGGAGGUGAACGUGUCGAGUGGAUCCUUCCAGACUCUUUCAGAGAUGGCAAGGAACACACCAUCUACAUUGAGAUGGCCUGCAAUAGUAUGUUUGGCAAUCCAACUGGUGGCGAUACUAUCCAGCCACCCGAUCCCAACAAGUAUUUCCAGCUUGUCAAGGCCGAGAUAUGUGCCGUGAAUCUGGAUGCCCGACAGCUCUGGAUUGAUACUUGGAUCAUCGGGGAUGCCGCGAGAGAGUUCCCCGAAGACUCGUGGGAGCAGCAUAAGGCCUUGAAUGUCGUCACUAACAUUAUCGAUUCCUAUGUUCUUGGCGACAAGGAGUCUAUCAAAAAGGGUCGUAAGAUCGCUCAGGAAUACAUCGGUUCUAAUGUCGAUUCUUCCAAGGUCUACGACACUGAUCUCGUUCCGCAAGUUUUCGGAAUCGGUCAUUGUCAUAUUGACACUUGUUGGCUAUGGCCUUGGGCCGAGACGAAAAGAAAGGUGGCAAGGUCCUGGUCGAACCAGUGUAGCUUGAUGGAACGAUACCCGGAACUUAACUUUGCUUGCUCCCAGGCGCAACAGUACAAAUGGUUGAAGACCCUAUAUCCGUAUGCCUUUGACCGGGUCAAGCAGAAGGUAAAGGAACAUCGGUUCCAUCCGAUUGGUGGAAGUUGGGUCGAACAUGACACAAAUAUGCCGAGCGGCGAGUCUCUCGUCCGUCAAUUUCUAUACGGUCAGAGAUUCUUCCAAAGCAACUUUGGAGAUCGUUGCCGGACGUUCUGGCUUCCUGAUACAUUUGGGUAUUCGAGUCAACUUCCCCAAAUAUGUCGGCUGGCUGGCAUGGAUCGUUUCCUUACUCAGAAGCUCAGCUGGAACAAUAUCAAUAACUUUCCUCACACAACUUUCAAUUGGGUUUCCCUUGACGGGAGCCAGGUCAUAUGCCACAUGCCGCCAUCCGAGACCUAUACAGCCGAAGCCGAGUUUGGUGACGUCAAACGCAGUAUCACCCAGCACAAGUCAAUGGACCAGGAUCACACUUCCCUACUGGUCUUUGGCAAAGGUGAUGGUGGUGGUGGACCUACUUGGCAGCACAUAGAAAAGUUGCGACGUUGCCGUGGUAUCAGUGAUCAAGUUGGUCGUUUGCCUAGAGUGCAUCUAGGCAAUAGCGUUGAUGACUUCUUCGACAAGCUUGAAGAGAAGGGUGAGUCCUUAGUAACUUGGUAUGGCGAGCUCUACUUUGAGCUUCACCGCGGUACAUACACGACCCAAGCAAACAACAAACGUAACAACCGGAAAUCAGAGUUUAUGUUACGGGAGCUCGAAUUACUGGCUACGAUUGCAUCUCUCAAGUUCGACUCUUACAAGUACCCGAAGUCGGAGUUUGAUGAGAUGUGGGAGGCAGUCCUUCUUUGCCAAUUCCAUGAUUGUCUCCCCGGAAGUGCUAUUGAGAUGUGUUACGAUGACUCGGAUGAGUUGUAUGCCAAGGUAUUCGAGAUAGGCCAGUCGAUAUACAAAGACAUCUACAGACUAUUCGGUGUCACGCCAAUAGAAUCUGCUGGCCCCGGCGGUAACCCCGUUGCCCUAAAUACCCUCCCGUGGUACAGGAAGGAGAUUGUCAACCUCUCCCCUACUGCUAUUGGUAUCGCCUGUGGGGCUGAAAACCUUGCCAACAUCCAGCCAUUCAAAACAAAAGCAACUAAGGCUGUGACCGUCGAGGAAGUUAGCGAUGGCGUCUUCGUCAUGCAGAAUGAGCAAUUGACUGUGAAAGUCGAAAAUGGCACUAUUACUUCACUGAUAGAUCGCAAAGCAGGACGUGAAGUUAUUGCAAAGGGUGGCAAGGCCAACGAACUUGUGAUAUUUGACGACAAGCCCUUGUACUGGCAGGCAUGGGACGUUGAGGUUUACCAUCUUGAUACACGUAAGGUAGUUCCUUAUGGCAAAACUAAGAUUUUUGAGGAUAAAGAGCACCGGGUCAGUGUCUUGACCGAGGCCAAGAUCAGCGACAAUAGCUCGAUCGCAACAGUCUUGAGCUUGUCUGCCGCCUUCGAGGGUCAACAGUCAUAUGUCGAAUGUACCGCUCAUGUGGACUGGCGUGAGACCAUGAAGUUCCUAAAGGUCGAGUUCCCAGUCGAUAUCAGAAACACGGAAGCCUCUUAUGAGACGCAGUACGGCAUUGUCAGGCGACCUACUCAUUACAAUACGAGCUGGGACAUGGCUAAGUUUGAGGUGUGCUGCCACAAGUUUGCUGAUCUAUCAGAGCACGGUUAUGGUGUCUCUAUCCUCAAUGACAGCAAAUACGGCUUUGCUACCUGUGGAAGCCUCAUGCGCCUGUCUCUGCUGCGGUCUCCAAAGGCACCUGAUGCACAUGCAGAUAUGGGGAAGCAUGUCAUCCGCUGGGCUAUUUUGCCACACCAAGGCGACCUAAGCGGUACAACUGUCCGCGCCGGAUACAACUUCAACCACCCAAUGAAGGUCCUCUCAGCACCCUCGGAUGCCACUAAAUCAGCCGAUUUUGCUACGCUUUCGAGAUAUCCGGUUAAGCUCACAGGCGAUGACUCGCUGAUUCUAGAUUGUGUCAAGCGUGGCGAAGAUGACGAAGACGUUUCUCAAGACGCAUCAAUUCCUCGUCGUAAGGGACGGAGUGUUAUUGUCCGCCUUUACGACAGUCUCGGCGGUCGCAGCACAGGAAAAAUUGAGACAACCUGGGACGUCAAGAAGGUAUUCAAAACGAAUGUCUUGGAAGAUGACCAAGAGGAGGUCAGCCUUGAGAAGGACGGCUCUUUCCUGAUCUCUGUUCGACCUUUUGAAGUAGCAACUUACAGGCUUCAACUGUGAUCGCGCUGCUGCUCGAAUCUCUAAGAUGUCUCCAACCACAUGUGUCAACGUUUGUUAUUGGCGCCUAUGACUUUACAAAAAAAGGACAGGAUAUAUUAAAAUUGUCGGUCUUUCUAACAGAUUGCUUUUUUCUACCCAAGUAUAACUAGGAUCCUUCUAGAAUAAGGAUUAGUCUAGAAGAUCCGUCAAGAGCCAUUGAGGUACUCUCAAAGCACCGUCAAAGACCUGUUGUCUUUCUGGGUUGCCUGUUUCUAUUAAUCAGGUGCGUAGUAUGAUGAAAUGCAUUGUUAUGGAUUAUGAUGGUUUCAUGGAUCUCUUACAAGUUGCCUAAUUGACUUUGUUAAUCAGUGAUCUAAUACGGUGAUAUAACAUGUGUUUUGUAUUCUGUAUUUCGGAGAGUAGCUGUAAGUAU